AUGCAGCUAGUCGGAAGAGAGUUUGUCGCAAAGCAUCUACGGGAAAGCGUCAAUUCACACCUCCAGUGCAGCAGCGAAAGACACACAGACUUUCGUCCCGACGCCUUUGUCAAGUACGCUGUUUUGUCGCACAGAUGGUUUUCGGAGGAAGAAGAGGUCUCAGUAGAUGACUUCGGGAGGCUUAUGCACGGAGACGAUGACACGCUUGCUUUCAGGAAGAAACGUGGUUGGGCCAAGAUCACGAUGUUCUGCAGACAGGCGACGCAGCGACAUAUAGACUUCGCAUGGGUCGAUACGUGCUGUAUCGACAAGGCCAGCAGCGCCGAGCUCGACGAGAGCAUACGCUCAAUGUUCAGAUGGUACCGGAACGCGGCGGUUUGCAUGGUAUUGUUGGCGGAAACACAUACGGCCGCACAAGCGCAAGCGCAAGAUGCAAGUAACCACGAUGAGUGGUUUUCGCGUGGCUGGACGCUUCAGGAAUUGCUCGCACCUAGGUGUCUGAAGUUUUUCCUUGCGGACUGGACAGAGCUCACGAACAAGGAGAACGACAAGUCACUGCGGUCUCCGUACUUUGUGGAAAGGAUCACAGGCAUCACCAUCAAAGAGCUCUUGGACUUUGAGCCUGGCCCGGUCAAGGUCGACCAGCGCAUGUGCUGGGCUGCAAAACGGCGAACGAAGAGAGUGGAAGAUAUCGCGUACUCGCUCAUGGGCAUCUUCGACGUCAGCAUGUCAAUCGCGUACGGCGAAGGCGCCGAUCGUGCCUUCUGUCGCCUGCUAGAGGCGAUCAUCUUUGCCGGCGCAGACGUGUCGGUCCUCAACUGGGC